GACUGUAUGAACUCAGAAUCCCUUGUCCUUCCAAUUGCCUGCCCAUCCUGGUCCCAUCAGGGACAAAUAGACAAAAAAAAACAGUAUGGUGUCUUGGUGAGUGAGAAAUCCUUUAUUUGGAAUUGCUGAUUGAAAAAGUUUGGCAAUUGCAGUGUAUUUAUAAAGCAACUAACAUGGUUGGCCCUUUACUGUUGCUAAAAAUGUUACACUGUAGGAAAAAAUGUCAGAAGUCUUCAUCUUCGCAUAGUGCAAAAUCAGGUUUGCCAGAACGACGACGCUCCAAGCGAAGUCAUCGCAAUUUUAAGGAGAACUCUUGUAGAGUAUGUUUAAAGGAAGGUGAUAUACCCAUCUAUGGUGAUCAAGCUACGGAUGAUAUCCCACGAGCUUUAUCUACACUUGCUGGGAUAGAAAUCGACGAAGAAGACACAUAUCCUAAAUAUUUAUGUCACUCCUGUCAUGCCCUUUUACAAGGUGCUAUAUUAUUGAGAAAAACUGCUCAACAGUCGCAAAAGGUUCUUAAAAAAUCCUCUAAACGCGUUCUUCCUCCAAGUUCACCAAUCAACCCUGAGACGUCUAAAGAGAGUAAUACCUUAAGUGAUUUAGGUGACGAUUUGGAUGAUAACACAUUGGAUUGUGAUGAAGGUGAAGAAGAGAAGAAGAACUAUUUUUGCAGUCGCUGCGACAUUGCAUUUGCGAGUUUGAAAGAAUAUUGCGAUCACAGGCUUUCUGAAGAUCAUGAGAAUAAAAGAAUAACAUGUCCUGUAUGCAACAAGUCGUAUUCGGCAAUGUAUUACAAGAAACACAUGGCAAUCCACCAGCCAGAUUGUCCAUACAUGUGUGAUAUUUGUGGUAAAAAAUUCAUCAUACAAGGACAGUUCUCAAGACAUCGCUUGACUCAUUUUUUCAAACUUCCAUACAAAUGUGGACUCUGUCCCUAUCGAGGAAGAUUUACAGAAUCUUUAAAAAUGCAUAUGAGAAUUCAUACUGGUGAAAAGCCAUACCAGUGCUCAGAGUGCGCUGCACGAUUUGUCAGCAAGAGUAAUUUGAAUAAGCACAUGUACACACACAAAGAUCAUGAUUUUAAAUGUGAAUCAUGUGGAAGAGGUUUUUAUACAAAGCGAAACUUGGAGAUGCAUAUUAAAGUUGAUCAUGUUGGCAUAAGGGAUCAUUUGUGCAAUAUUUGUGGUAAAGCUUUUGGCUACAGGAAACAGAUGAUGAAACAUCAGUUGAAAGUUCACAAAAGGCAAAAACUCAGAUCUGGUAGAAUGCCCUUAUAUUUGCAAGUGGAAAAAAUGGGAGAAAAUGUCGAAACAUAAAUAUAUAAUGUUUUUUUUGUUAGCAUUACAGUAAAAUUCUUUUGCCUUGAUUUUUCUAUAUUGUAAUAUAAGAAUUCUUGUACUAAUUA